GGGAGAGGGCGGUGUUAAGACAGACAGCAGGGAAAGAAAGCAGAGAGAAGGAAGGAAGAACGAAGAGGAACAGAGAGGAGAAGAAAAGGCAGGAAUGCCAACUCCUCGUGGUCGGCUGUGUUGAAGUUCUUCACACUGAAGCAACGGACAGACAGAGAAGGAAGUUAGAAAGGAAGAGAAAUAUAGGAGAGUCAGAGAACAGAUUAGAUUUUUCACAAGGGGGAUUGGAGGAAUUCUUUUCAGGGUGGACGGGCAAGCAGAGACAGAGAUGCAGGGCUCUCGUUGGGAGUGUGUGGUGUCUGUGUCGCCCUCUGAGGGCCAUGGCUCUGGUUCAGACCCUGCCCGUCACUGUGACUGACCACCCCAAACCCAGCCUCGACGUUCAGCAGUGCCGGCCUAACUGUCAUUCUCCCUGCUCCUGCCCUGGCCUCUGUGGCUCUGGAACCACCAUGGGCUCCGUCAGCAGUCUCAUAUCUGGCCGGACCUACCAGGAGCUGCACUGUCGGGCCGCCAACGAGUUCAGCACCAAGCCCCGCCGUUCCACCCCGGCCACCAGCUGCUUCAGGCUCCAGGACAACACCCUCCGCAGUGGGAGUUCCCUGGAGCAGCUCCUGGUCAUCAGCACCCAGAACCAGAACCAGCCUCAAACCCAGACCCUAACCCAGACCCUAACCCAGACCCAGCCUCAGCCACCUCCGCUGCCCACCAAGAAGCAGCCCCGGGUGGGUAACUCUGCCGUGGGAGGUGGAGAUGGAGGGGGAGCUGGAUGUAAUGGGAACUUUGGCUAUGUGAGCAAGGAGGUUGUGGUUGGGGACUGGAAUGACAACCACGUUCCCACUGGUAGUCCCUGCAGCGACUCAGAGGAGCAGAGGGAUAACAGAGGGCUGAACGGGAAUAUCGGAGGGCCCCCUCCCAAACUCAUCCCUGUGUCAGGAAAACUGGAGAAGAACAUGGAGAAGAUAUUGAUCCGUCCCACCGCAUUCAAACCUGUGAUGCCCAAGAACCGCUAUUCGGUACAGUACCUCUCCCCGCGGCCAGGGGGCAGCCUUUCAGAGAGCCAGGGCAGCCUGAACCUGCUUCUGCCGCUUGGAGUGAGCAACGGGACCCCCAGUGCCAACGGGAAUGGGAAUGACUUGGAUGGGAAACGUAACUCAUACAGCGGAGGGCGCAAUGCUCGGAGCAGCCAGUCCUGCUCCAUGUCAGACUCCGGACGGAACUCCUUGUCCAGUCUGCCCACCCACAGUAGCACAGGCUACAGCCUCGCCCACAGCGAAGGCUCCAGCUCUGGGUCGGCUACUGGAGGUCUGGCUGGUCAACUGGAGCCCAGCGCAGGCCGGACCACCGCGGGGGGUGGAGGGGGCCACGGAAGCCACGGAAGCCAUGGCCACACCAACUCAGACAGCGGGCGCUCUUCCUCCAGCAAGAGCACAGGCUCCGGGUCCCUCAGCGGGCGUGGACAGCCCCUGUCUGACAGCGGGUCGUGCGGGCGCUCGCCACCGCCCCUGGAGGGGUAUGAGGUGAUGGUAAAGGAACUGGAGGACAAGCUGAGAGAGAGAGACCUUGAGCUGCAGCAGCUACGAGAGAACCUUGACGAGAAUGAGGCCGCUAUCUGCCAGGUGUAUGAGGAGAAGCAGCGACGCUGUGAGAGGGAGAUGGAGGAGUUGAGACAAAGCUGCUCCUCUAAGAUGAAGCAGGCUUCGCAGAAGGCCCAGAGAGCUCAACAAGUGAUUCAGCUGCAGGUCUUCCAGCUGCAGCAGGAAAAGAAGAAGCUACAGGAGGACUUCUCGUCUCUGCUGCAGGAUCGCGAGGCGCUGGAGAGGAGGUGUGCUUCCAUCCAGAGGGAGCAGACCAAGCUGGGACCCAGACUGGAGGAGACCAAGUGGGAGGUGUGUCAGAAGUCAGGUGAGAUCUCCCUGCUCAAGCAGCAGCUAAAGGAGCUCCAGUCUGAGCUGAGCCAGAAGGCCGGAGACAUUGUGGUUCUGAAAGCCCAGCUCCGUGAGGCCCGUUCGGAGAUCCAGGCCAACCAGGCCCGGUCUCAGGAGGCCCAGACGGCUGUGCGGACUCGCUCCCUGGAGCUGGAGGUGUGUGAGAACGAGCUCCAGAGGCGCAAGAGUGAAGCCGAGCUUCUCAGGGAGAAAGUGGGCCGCUUGGAGGAGGAGUUGUCACGUCUCCACGAGGCUCUGUCCAAUCACAAUGGGCUGUCCCUUCCUGGAGGAGAGGGUCAGGCCAAGAAGGUCCAGUGUAUGAGCCUGCCCCUCCCCCCAGGCCGGGGCAUGGCAGGGAGGGGUGGCCCCAGCCCCUCUGGGUACCGCGACGGGGAGGAGGGUCGGGCGGCGUGGGGCAGCGAGAGCGACGAGGCCAAGGCCCAGAGACAGAACGCUGAGGCUAUUUUGGGACUCAGGCAACAGGUGGAUCGGCUAAAGGCAGAGCUGAUUUAUGAGAGGAGGAGUGGCGAGGAGCAGCUGACAGGGUUUGAGGAGGAGAGGAGGGUGUGGCAAGAGGAGAAAGAGAAGGUGAUCCGUUACCAGAAGCAGCUGCAGCAGAACUACAUCCAGAUGUACCGAAGGAACCGGGACCUGGAGCGUGUGAUGAGGGAACUGAGUCUAGAACUGCAGAACCGAGACCUUGAGGACUACGAGGUUCACAGUGGCAGCAACGACAUUGACUUUGAGGAGAUCACAGCUACGGAGAUCUAAAUCCAACGGACCAGAAAACAGCCAAACAACGCAUCCCUGUGACCACAGCAGGACAACCCCACACUUGACUCCUGCACAGACACCAAAUCUACACACAUAAACUCUAAUACAUUAGUAGAGUACACACAGUAUUGACUCCCUAAGACACUGUGAGUCAGUCUAAAAUGCCUGCCUCCCCAGUUCGUCCACAUGGCUGUCGCUACCUGCUUACUGCACCAAGACAAACACCCCUUUCUCCUCUGUUGGAUUUAGCCCCUUUGGACUGCUCAUAAAAGCAUGGAUUUCUUAAACUGGCCCAUAUCAGGGUGUGAAAAUUGUUUGAAGAUUCCAACUAAAAUAAACUAGACAAUAUACUGGCACGCACAGACUUUAAGACCAAACCUGUUCAUGGGUCUUUUAGCACAGGAAUGUCUACUUUGCCACCAGCACAUGAUGAUGUCAUUAUGCUAAUGAUGACAUCAUUGCUCCUCUGCAAUGGGAGUGGUCUUGGGCCUGCCUACCUCUG